GAUUGGAUUUCUGAAGUCGCGUUUUACUCGUCACUUCCGCUGCGUCGGCGCUGACUGAGCGCGUCACUUCCAGGCGGCGCGGAACGGAGUUGCCAACGGCCUGUGGAGCAACAUGCCUAAAUUUUAUUGUGACUACUGCGACACAUACCUCACCCAUGACUCUCCAUCUGUGAGAAAGACACACUGCAGUGGUAGGAAGCACAAAGAGAAUGUGAAAGACUACUAUCAGAAAUGGAUGGAAGAGCAGGCUCAGAGCCUCAUUGACAAAACCACUGCUGCAUUUCAACAAGGAAAGAUACCUCCUACUCCAUUCUCUGCUCCUCCUCCUGCAGGGGCAAUGAUCCCACCUCCCCCCAGUCUCCCGGGUCCUCCUCGCCCUGGGAUGAUGCCUGCACCUCACAUGGGGGGCCCUCCCAUGAUGCCGAUGAUGGGCCCCCCUCCUCCUGGGAUGAUGCCAGUGGGGCCUGCUCCUGGAAUGAGGCCGCCUAUGGGAGGCCACAUGCCAAUGAUGCCCGGGCCCCCAAUGAUGAGACCUCCUGCCCGUCCCAUGAUGGUGCCCACCCGGCCAGGAAUGACCCGACCAGACAGAUAAGGAGAUUGGGGAGCCUCUUUAUAUCAGUUUUAUAUUACUUGUACUUCACCAGGAGAUCAUGGUGCUGUGACUUGGGGUGUUUUCUAAUUGCAUGACAAGGAAAACUUGUUCCCCCUUCCUAUCAGAGAGAGUAGUUUUGGAGGGAAGUAGUGGGACAGAAGAAACAAUUUUCAUUUGUAUUGUGAAAUGUGAAAAUAAAAUUGUCAACUCUUUUAGUUAAAAAUGUGUUCCCUUUUUUCUCCCUUCUGUGUUCUUUUUGUAUUAUAACAGAGAUUCCUGUUAUCUUUCUCUAGCUCAUUCUCCCUUCAGCAUGCCCUCUGCCUGACAUUGUUUCCCUUAGCUGUAGAGUGGGUCCCUCUGGGGUGCCUUGUCUUUAUUUAGUAAAGUUCGCUUGUGCAAAAACUGGUAAAUCCAACACUUGUAGAGCUUUUGUCGAUUAAAAUAAUAAAGAGCACCUGGU